UGUGUGUGUGUGUGUGUGUGUGUGUGUGUGUGUGUGUGUGUGUGUGUGGUUGUCUGAGAGUGAGAAAGAGAAAACAUACUAGUGGGAGGGAUGGGCUUGAUGGCUCCGACCAAAUUGUUGAGGCCCCCCGGGCGCCCCCUGGCGGCCCCCACUUUGAAAACCACUGGUCUUCUGUAUUUUUUAUUUAGGUUAGUUUCUAAAAUGGUUGUGAGACUGAUAUUGUAAAACUAGACAUUUGAGGCAUUGAGGCAUCAUUCGAGGCAACCCUAGAAACACUAACGUAAAAAAAAGAAAAAAAAAGAAUAAGAAUUUGAAAUUUAAUUAGAGAUUUCUGGGCGCCUGUCUCUUUAAAGGGCGUGGCUUAUGUAAGACGCGCCCGAGCCCCGCGCUCGCUCCUGUUCCGGGACUCGCGAGCGCAGCUGGGCUCGAGCCACCGGAGCCAUGGCAACCGCGACGACAGGUGAGGAGGAAAUCAUCUCGUCGUAAGCAGUGAGAGUUUAACACUGACCGAAAACCGCGCUUUUGCUCCCCGUUUCUUCUGAGUUUAAUUACCGGUAAUUAAUCGGCGUGAUGUCAUUUCAACGCUUUUCCGCGAUUUCAGAAGCCGAGACGCGGCAGAGGUUGCUCCGCAACGUCAAGAAAGAGGUAAAGCAGAUCAUGGAGGAAGCAGUCACACGGAAGUUUGUACAUGAAGACAGCAGUCAUAUCGUCUCCUUCUGCGCUGCUGUGGAGGCGUGUAUGUUGCACGGCCUGAAGCGGAGAGCUGCUGGGUUUUUGCGCAGCAACAAAGUAGCAGCUCUGUUCACUAAAGUGGGGAAGAGUUUUGCUCCGGCUGAGCAGCUCUGCCGCAAAGCCCAGGAACUGGAGCAACUGCUGGAGAGCAAAAGAGCUCAGAUUGGCUCCUACAGUGAGUCUCGUAAAUUACCCCCUCGACUCCCCAGCCUCUCACCUCAGGCAGCUCGGCACCUCUGGAUUCGCACGGCUCUCAUAGAGAAAGUCCUCGACAAGAUCAUCCUCUACCUAGUGGAGAACUGCAGUAAGUAUUAUGAAAAGGAGGCGGUGCUCAUGGACCCAGUGGACGGCCCCAUCCUUGCCUCUCUGUUAGUGGGUCCUUGUGCAUUGGAGUACACUAAGAUGAAGACGGCUGAUCAUUUCUGGACGGAUCCCUCGGCAGACGAGUUGGUGCAGAGACACCGGAUCCACGGCGCACACUACAGACAGGCUACAGACUCGCCCACCAAGAGACCCGCGCUGUGUAUCCAGAAGAGACACUCCAGCAGCAGUAUUGACGAGCGUCCGUCUCCAUCCCCCUCGGCGAGGGACUACGUGGAGUCUCUGCACCAGAACUCCAGAGCCACACUGCUGUUCGGCAAGAACAACGUGCUCGUACAGCCGAGAGACGACAUGGAGGCGAUCCCGGGAUACCUGUCUCUGCACCAGACGGCCGACACCAUGGCGCUGAAGUGGACGCCCAAUCAGCUGAUGAACGGCUCCGUGGGAGAUCUGGAGUACGAGAGGAGUGUGUACUGGGACUACGCCAUGACCAUACGCCUGGAGGAGAUUGUGUACUUACAUUGUCAUCAGCUGGUGGACAGUGGUGGCACUAUAGUUCUGGUGAACCAGGACGGCAUCCAGAGGCCUCCUCUACGCUUUCCCCAAGGCGGCCAUCUCCUGCAGUUCCUGGCGUGCUUGGAGAACGGCCUGCUGCCUCACGGUCAACUCGACCCGCCGCUGUGGUCCCAGAGAGGCAAGGGUAAAGUGUUUCCUAAGCUGAAGAAGAGAGGAACCCAGGGAUCAGCGGACUCUGUCUCGGAUAAGGAGGAGGACGAAACCUCCGAUUACGUCUUCCGCAUCAUCUUCCCCAACAGCCAGUCCGAGCUCGCUAGUUCAGAACUGAUGGAGCAGGGGGUAAACAUCUGGCAGCCAACGCAGAGGAAGUCCUCGUGUUCUCAGGCCAGCUUCUCCGACGGGGCGUCGCCAAGCAGCUGCAACCACGAGAGAGCUCCUCUAAAGCUGCUGUGUGACACCAUGAAGUAUCAGAUCAUCUCCAGAGCGUUCUACGGCUGGUUGGCGUAUUGCCGUCACCUGUCCACCGUGCGCACACACCUCUCCGCCCUCGUCAACCACGCCAUCGUAAUGCCCGAUGUGCCGUGCGACGCGUACGGAGGUCUCACUGCACCAGUGUGGCACAAGUUCCUGCAGGACUGCGGUGCGUAUGACGAGCAGGAGCUCUGGCGUUUGGUGUAUUUUGGAGGAAUCGAACCCUCUCUGCGUAAGGAGGUCUGGCCCUUCCUGCUGGGUCACUACCAGUUCGGGAUGUCCGAGAACGAGAGGAAGGAGGUUGACGAGCAGACGCGAGCGUGCUAUGAGAAGACGAUGAGCGAGUGGUUGGGCUGCGAGGCCAUAGUGCGGCAGCGGGAAAAAGAGCAGCACGCCGUGGCCUUGGCCAAAUGCUCGUCCGUGGCCAGCAUGGACAGCAACAAUCCGAGCGUGGUGCACCGUGACUCGUCCAUCAGCAACGAGUCGUCUCAGAGCUGCAGUUCAGAGAGGCACAGAGCUCGCCUGCAGAGUGACUCCAGUAGCAGUACACAGGUGUUCGAGUCCGUGGACGAGGUCGAACAGAUCGAUGCAGAGCCCAAAGGCGAUGAAGUCAAACUCCUACCCAAAGACUCCAAUGGCUCAGACUCGGGUCACCCCUCUUCCAGAAACUUCUCUGUCACCUCGGGCCUGUCGGACUCCCUCAGCACAGAUGACAGCGGCGCACAGGACAUGAACAACAAAACCUCCACCCAGUGUAGUGUCAUGGAGGAUCAUAAGAAGGAGGAAACCAAGAAAGCCAAAGGUUCUGAUGUGGAAGUGUUUGUUCCAAAAAGCUCAAACGCAGUGAAGAUGGAGAAGACUGUCCGGGGACGUGCAGGAGAUGAGAAAGCAGAAAUGGAAGACAUGGAUACUGUGGAAGAAACUCUGGAACAAGAGGUGUCUGAGAAAAGAAAUGAUGUGGAAGUAGGAGAACACUCAGAAGCUGGUGAAGGUUUUGAAGGUAUCGCACCUCAAGUGAUAAAGGACACGGAGGUGGAUGAUAAAAGAAGAAAGCCAGAGGUGUUACAGGAGGCAGAAGGAAUUAAACAGGAGGAGAAGUCUGGAAUGGUGGUGUCCGUAUCAAAAGGAGAAAAAAGGGAAGCGUGUGUAGCAGGAGAGCAAAGUAAAAGCUCUGAGACUCGAAACAGUCCAGGAGGUCUAAAGACAACAGACAGUGAGACAUUAAACACUUCUGCUUCCAUAAAGAAUGAUGAAUCCGAGAAAAUCCAAACAUCCAAAGCAGAGCCAUCUAAGAAUCAAACUGAUUCAAGACCAAAGUCGAAUGAAGCUCAGAGAGCAGGGAAAGAGUCUGUAGCUGAGGCUCAGAAUCCAAGUCGGGUUAAGAAGAAAGGUCAGGCGGAGACGGUCAGGAAGAAGGUCACGAUGCCAAGCGCUCCUGUGGUAAAGGAGAUAGUGGUGCCUGUUGUGUUUGAAGCCUUCAGCAUGCGUGAAAUGAGCAAAGAGACACCCGCUACUGACUCAGACGACUCGCCUUCAGCCAUCGAGAUGGAGGAGAUCCCCAUGGCCCGGCUGGUUGGCGUUCAGGAAGUCAGUGAGGCGCUCCUGCCUGAAAUGGAGACUCUUUACCCUCAGUUUGAGUCGCAUGCUGUGGCCAGUGAGAAGAACACCACCAUCUCACCAGUUCCCUCCACAGGAACGACUUACUCGCAGGAGCUCUUGGAUUUGUACACUCUGAACCUGCAUCGUAUCGACAAGGACGUGCAACGGUGCGACAGGAACUACUGGUACUUCACCCCGGCUAACCUGGAGAAACUCCGCAACAUCAUGUGCAGUUACAUCUGGCAGCAUCUAGAUAUCGGCUACGUGCAGGGGAUGUGUGACCUUCUGGCUCCUCUGCUGGUCAUUCUUGAUGAUGAGGCUUUGGCCUUUAGCUGCUUCACUGAACUGAUGAAGAGAAUGAAUCAGAACUUUCCUCAUGGCGGUGCGAUGGACACUCACUUCGCCAACAUGAGAUCCCUCAUCCAGAUCCUGGACGCCGAGCUCUUUGAGCUGAUGCACCAGAACGGUGACUACACCCACUUCUACUUCUGCUAUCGCUGGUUCCUCCUGGACUUUAAACGAGAGCUGGUGUAUGAUGACGUGUUUGCAGUGUGGGAGAGCAUUUGGGCGGCUAAGCACGUCUCCUCUAGCCAGUUUGUCCUGUUCAUUGCCCUAGCCCUUGUCGAGAUCUACAGAGACAUCAUCCUGGAGAACAACAUGGACUUCACCGACAUCAUCAAAUUUUUCAAUGAAAUGGCCGAACAUCAUAACGUGAAGCAAAUCCUGGAGCUGGCUCGAGAGCUUGUUUGCAAAGUGCAGAUGCUCAUCGAAAACAAGUAAUGCAGAGUCCAACGCCGUCCGACUGUCUCUGUGCCAAAACGUUCCAUUAGUGCUCGCUGCAUUAAACCCGACAGGAUACAGCCAAGAGAACCUUUCGCAUCCAUGUCAUUUAGCUCUUGAAUUAUUUAGCUCUUGGAUAAUUGUAGUUACAUUUUGUACGCAGAUGCUGCUGUUAUAUUUGUUCAUCUUUAGCAAACACUUUGUCCUGGUCUGGGUCAGAAGAUCUGGAGUCUAUCCCAUGAACACUGGGCACAAAGGGGGAUACACCCUGGAUGGUACACCAGUUCAUCACAGGGCACCACACACACAUAUUCACACCCAGCGGGCGAUUUAGCAUAGUCAGUGCACAUACUGGCAUGUUUUUGGGAGGUGGGGGAAAACCAGAGAACCCAAAGUAAAGGACAACAUGAGAAACUACACACACACAGAAUCGAACCGAGGACCCUAAAGCUGUGAGGCAGCAACACUACCCACUGCACCACCGGUGUCUUUUACAGGUCAGCGUAUAAAUCUAACGGAAGUGAGAGGUAAUAGGUAUCGACACUUCCAGACCUCGAUUAUACUUCACAUAUCACACACAUUCCAAGUCAGUAAAGCUUUCAGCCUCUUCAGCUCAGUUUGUUUCCUUCCACAGCUGCAUGUCUGUUACCAACUUGUGUGUAUCUUCAGUGAGGUAGCAUUAAGUUAAUAUUAAUGUAGGUUGGUGCUUUGUCAAGGUUUGGUAUCAUUUUCAUUUUUUUGGACAAGAAGAAGCUGAACAGCUCUGACUUUAACACUCUCUCAACAUUGUGUUACAGAAGUGUGUUCUUGUUCAGAUCUCCUUCAAGCCACCAAAUCAGUACUUUUCAUUCAGCAGUGAUGAGAUCUAGUGUUGCAUUCUAUUACACGCAGGUAUGUGUGUAUUGUUGUGAACAAUCUUUUCAGAAUCAUGUUUUUGAACGUACCGCAGCAGGUAUUUCA